AGAGAUACCAAACCAUUUGAUAUCUAUUCUUGUUGGCAUUGCUGUGGUACUUGGGUAUGAUGAAGCAAUUGUAGUGAAUUGUUCAAGGAAGCUCCCAUGGACUGGAAGAAAUUACUCAUUAAUAAUGGUUGAGAAUAUUAAUACUAGGUUUCCUGUGUCGACAUUUGUCAAACAAGUAGAGAAACUCUCAGAUGGUCAAAAGAAUGCAAUAAAGAAAACGGGAUUUGGUCAUUUGCUUAUUAUGCCUAACCAAAAGUUGAGCAAGACUCUGUUAGCGGAACUGAUGGACAGAUGGAGUCGUGAAAAGAAGGCAUUUGUACUUCCACCUGGUAACAUACGGUUUUCCCUCAUGGAUGUGGCCUUGAUUUUAGGACUACGUGUGAUGGGUGAGCCGGUGGCCCUAAAAAAUGAUGAACCCUUCUCAGAUUUGGAAAGAGAGUAUGGUGCUGUCCCAGGAAAGAGAGAGAUUGCAGUAGCAGCAAUUGAGAAGAGGCUUGAAUCAUUCAAAAUGGUGGUUAAUGAUGAUUUUAUUAGGACGUUUCUAUUAUUUACAUUCGGAGUGCUUCUUUUUCCAGAUGCCAAUGGAACAGUAGAUUCUCGUUAUCUUUCUUUUAUGAAAGACGUGGAUAAGCUGCAGGGAUAUGCUUGGGGAGCAGCAGUCCAUGAGAAUCUGCAUCUCUGGUUAGAUAGAAGAAAAAAACAAAGGAUAGAAUAUGUGGGAGGUUGUCUCAUAUUUGUCCAAAUUUGGUGUUAUGCACAUAUUGAUGUUGCCCGGCCUCUUAACCAAGGACGAAACUUGCCCUUCCCUCGUUUUUGCCGAUGGAAAAACUCUUCUUCAUAUACUAGGCAAUGGGUCACAGAAAAAUUUGACAAAUUGCAUGAGGAUCAGAUAAUUUGGGAGCUGAACCCAACUGCUGAGGAUUCUCAAAUAGAUAUUAUUAGGGAGCUAUUAGAGAUGCGAAAAGAAACCAUGGAGUUCCCAUCUACAUUAGAAGAUGUAAAUGGAGAAACAUCAGAAGUGCGGAAGGUAACUGUGGAGGUGACACAAGCAUCACAGAGCCCUUCUGCAGAUGAUACAAAUUUUGAUGCAAGUGGAGAAACAUCAGAGGAUACAGUUAUUGAUGUAAAUGGAGAAACAUCAGAAGUAUGGAAGGUAGUUGUGGAGGAAACACAAACAUCACAAAGCCCUUCUGCAGAUAAUACAGAUGAUGUAAAUAACUUAAGAACCAAAAAAGAAAUGCUAGAAAAACAGGUUUCAGAAAUGGAGGAGGUGAUAGAAGAGUUACGAAGGGAAAAUCUCGAAAGAGAUCAAAUGUCGGAAAAACAAAUUUCAGAAAUGGAAGGGGUAAUAGAAGAGUUAAGAAGGGAGAAUCAAUUCUUAAGAAGCCACCUUUUGUCUUCCAGUAGUUUGGCGGAUCGGCUGGAAAAAAUUGUACUCAGUGAGGAUUUAAAUGAUCAGUAGGAAUAAAUAUAUUUGAUGGAAGUAAUUCUAUAUCUAAAAGGUGAAAAACCCAUGAUUCUCACAUCAAUCCAAUGAGUUCCUAUUUUUCAGACA